AUGGAGAAAGACUACAAAGCUCGCAAAGAGGCAUUUGUGUCCAAUCUCUCCGGUGGGGAUAUCAACGAAAUCAAUACAGUUGCCCUCGUGGCAUCGGUAUCAGCGCUAUUAUGGUCUACGCUACAGUCACGCAUCUCUUUCUUUUCUCCAUAUACCCCUAAAGCGCUUGUCGCUGAUUUUCUGCUCAAUGUUGUCGCCAUUCUCUUUUCGACAACAGUAUAUUCGACCUCUCCUUUGCUCCUGAAUAUUCUUCUCCUCACGCCUGUCGUAUUUAUUCUGCUAAGGUUUAAACCGGUUUAUUCGCGGCAGAAGCAAGCGAAGCCUUCGCGAGCAAAUCAACAGCAGAAUGCGGCCGGAUCUGACAAGUCGAACGAUGCGACCAAGAGCCCAGAAUCCUCUCCGGUGCACCCCUUUCUUACUACAUAUCGAGCUGCGAUGAUGGUGGUGACAUGCAGCUCCAUUCUUGCUGUGGACUUUCCGAUCUUCCCUCGGCGAUUCGCUAAAGUUGAGAACUGGGGUACUUCGCUUAUGGAUUUGGGAGUGGGUUCUUUCGUCUUCUCAGCUGGUGUCGUGUCAGCUCGUUCUAUACUCAAGGCCCGAGCAGCCGGGACAUCUCAACAGUCAAAUUUACUUUGGAGACUUGCCGCAGCAUCUCGACAUUCCAUACCUUUACUUGUAUUGGGCCUGAUACGCUUGUAUAGUGUCAAGGGUCUCGACUAUGCCGAACAUGUAACGGAAUACGGCGUACACUGGAACUUCUUUUUUACGCUUGGGUUUUUACCCCCUUUUGUGGAGAUUUUUCACUCUUUAUAUUCCAUUAUUUCAUCAUACGAGCUCUUAGCCCUUUUUACAAUUACGGUUUAUCAAGUUGCCCUAGAGUCCACGGACUUGAAAGCUUAUAUCCUCGUGUCGCCGCGUGGCCCCGACUUGCUUUCGAAAAAUCGGGAGGGCGUAUUUUCAUUCAUCGGAUAUCUCGCUAUUUUCCUCUCUGGUCGGGCCACCGGUCUUCGAAUUAUCCCUCGAGGAACGGCUAACAACAAACCAUCCUCGGCACAACAGGCUAGAAAGCGCGUGCUGAUUUCUCUAGCAAUUAUGGCCGUAGGCUGGGCAGUGCUCUUCUUUUUCAAUUCUACGCCAGCUUUUGGAUACGGCGCCCGGAUUCCGGUAUCCCGCCGUUUAGCAAAUAUGCCGUACGUCUUCUGGGUGUCUGCAUUUAAUAAUGCGCAAAUAUUCCUGUUCUGUCUCAUCGAAACACUGCUUUUCCCAUCAGUGCACAAAGCCACCGAAAAGGAGACGGAGGCAGAGAAGAGCAAUUUCGCAACUAGCCGCAUCAUGGCCGCAUUUAAUAAGAAUGGGUUGGCUGUCUUCUUAAUAGCAAACCUGCUUACCGGAGCUGUGAAUUUGUCGUUCAAUACGUUGGAUGCAAACGCCUGGCAAUCAUUGGCUAUUUUGGUUGCUUACAUGGCUUUCGUCACUGCUUUUGCCUUGGGCUUACAGGCUUCCGGGCUGAAACUGAAGAUAUAG